AUGCAAGUGUACCUCCCCCGCGACCUCGUCGACACCGCCCGCGGGUACCUUGUCGGUGUCGUCAUCGACGACUGCUACGUCAUCUGCGACGUCGUCGACGAUCUCCCCGCCUCCCUCCCUCAACCACUCGCGGUGGUGGGACUGAUAAAUUUGGACCACGGCCCCCUCCGAUUCAAAAACGACUUUCUAAAUCGGUUUCCCUAUUUGUCAGAGAAUACCCUGUGUUUUGUCGUCGUGUUCAACCCUCCCAACUACCGCAAUUUCGAGUAUUUUGCCAUUCUGCCGAUUUUGCUCCAACUGGUGGGCACCACGGCACCGCCCUGUGACUAUGCUGCCCAGCUCUGUCAGUGGCCAUCACCAGGAGUGGCUAGCACCAGUUUAGCUAACGAUCGAGUGCUUGAAGCCGUCAAUCUGACCCUCACCACUCGCAAACGACUCCGCCGCCAUGGACUUCAACCUGAUUCUGAAACUACACCUGAAACCACUGGUAAAAUUACACCUGAAACCACGGGUGAAACGAAAACAAAUACUACGGCCACGUCAUCGAUCCGCCGCGGGCUUCGCCACUUACAACUAGCAGGAAUCUUCGCUCUCAGCGUCGUCAGCCGGGGACUGAAUUACUCCGCCACCCUCCGCCAAGCUCAGCUCAGGCUCUGGCAGUUGGUUAAUCUUCCCGUCCAUUUUGGCCUGUACAAGGGCUGGCUUGAUCUCGACCAUUUACGGACGAAACUUCCCGUGUUCAAUUCCAACGUCAACGUCGCCAAUUCGAACUAUAUUAACUUCUACAAUACGCUCUGGUGCUUUGUCAACGAUGUGGUUAUUGGCCGAACCGUGUUGGCGUGGAUUCGGAGCUAUAGCCCCGAAGACGUCGCCUGGGGGGUAGCCCGAGUGGAAACCCUUCUAUUUGGCGAUUUCAGCGACUAUAUCACCUGGGUGGCUCUCCACCACCCGGCAGGGUUUAAGCUUAACGACCAAUUGGGCCGGUUCAUGGAAGGGAUGUACCAAUGGACGGUGGACUGGUGGCGGGGGUCGUUAGCCGCCGUCGUCCCCGAUGCGGCGGCGGUGGUGUAUGCCGCGAUCCACUCGCCGAUGAUGACGGUGGUGUGCCAUCUAGGGGUCACGUUCACCCUAGCAGUGGUGAUUGACGUCGUCAAGGCGCUCACCCUCCACAUUCGUGUGUUUGCUACCGUCGCCACCAAAGUGUACCAUAAACACUUGAUGGUGGUGCUGCUGCUUUUCCAGCUCUACCAAGGGAAAAAGUACAAUACGUUGCGCCAUCGGGUCGACCACGAGAACUACGAGACCGACCAGCUCUUGAUGGGAACGUUGCUUUCGAUGGUAUUAGCGUUGCUUCUCCCUACGGUGUUGGCGUUCUACUGGCUCUUCUUUAUCAGCCAUGGACUUGUGCUUGUCGCCAUUAACAUAUUGGAAGACCUUCAGACGAUCGUGGGAUUCAUGCCGUGGUUCCCUUGUUUACUAAAGAUCAAAAACUCUAACCGUCUUCAGGGGGGAGUCACUUUCACCCGGUUAAGUACCCAGGGGAAGACGCUGAUUGUACAAUUGAGCAAUAAGUCGCUUGGGUGGAAGGAGAUCUUCCAGCAUUUCCCUCAGCUCUUCAAACGGUGGCAAUUGGGGACGGUAUUUCCUCAGUUUCUUCGCGGGCGGCCGUUAGCGAAAACCGACCUCCGCGAAGUACAGGCCCGCUACCUCAUGCUCCCCGACGAACCGGUAUUGAUUUAA